AGUUUGACAUGGUGGUCUGUGGUGUGGACACUUUUUCGCUGUGGUUGUUGUGAUGACAAAUUUUUCAGUAUUUUUUGCAGAUUUUGCGAUAUUUACCAUUGAAUAACCAAGAUUUAUAGGCGUGAAAUCGUCAUCUGAGUGCAGCUCACAAUGGGGAGAAACAAAAUGAUCGCUAAGAGCUGUCCCAAAUGCGCUAUGCAGGUAGCAGUAGCAUCUAAAUCCUGCAAGUGUGGUCACACAUUCUUCGCAUCCAGACGAGCAGCGGACCACCUCCCCGCAGUGGAUGUGACGCGACGUACCGGGAGAGUCAGGCGAGCUCAACCACAGUUCUACGAUGCACAGCACUAUCAGAAGCAGAAUAGACGGAAAAACAAGAAGAGAUCCCUAUCAAGAUCAAUGGAUGAAGACUACAAUAAAAAAGAUGCCAACAAGUCUGAAAGUGCAACAAUCCGCGCCCGCCGCCGCCGCGCGCUCCGCCGCGCCCAGCGCGAGGCGAACCCUCCCCCCGCGCGCCGCGACCCCGCCCCGCAGCUUGGGCCGGCCCAGCUAGCGAGAUGUAGUCUCAUACUGGAUGAAAUUAAUAGGAAGAUGGGGGCUGUCACGUGGCAACCGCCAAUGUGAAAGAAAAUGGCGGACGGAAGACAGCUGAUAAGACAAAUUUUCAAUUUUGAAAUCAACUUUUUGUGUAGUGUUUCUGAAAUAUAAUAUAAUUGGGACACCCCCUCGCUUUAUUAAAUAACAAGAAAAUGGGCACUGUUAUGUGGCACCCGCCCGUGUGAGACAAGAUGGUGGAUGAACAAAAUGGCGGGUGGAAGACAGCUGAUUAUGUGAUAGACUUUUGUGAC